AUGGCAGACGCAGCAGACCCAGCAGCAGCGGCUGCUGCUAUGAAGUUUAUCGCCGAGGUAUGGGGACUCCAGGGGACGGCCUAUCUUGUUGUGGCUCUCCGCUACUACAGCAAGGUAGCGACAGUGGGAGUGCGCGGUCUCGCUUGGGAUGACUUCAUCAUGUUUCUGGCGGUGCUUGUAUACUCUGCGGAAUCCGUGAUGGCUUACCUGGUGGUUGCAUAUUGGAAGGGGCUGGCGAACAACGCGAUGACCGACGAACAACGAGCUGCCCUCGACCCGGAAAGUGCAGAGUGGUUACUGCGUGUGAACGGCUCGAAAACCCACAUCACCGGUCUUCUUCUCUACACCACUCUUCUAUGGCUACUGAAGGCAUGCUGGCUCGUCUAUUACGCGAGGUUGACAGAAGGCGUCCACAACAUGCGAUGGAGGAUCAAGUGGGGGAUCAUCAUGGUCUCCACAACCUACGUGGCAUGCCUACUUAUUGCUUUCCUGAAGUGCAUUCCAUUCGAGAAACAAUGGCAGAUCAACCCUUCGCCUGGCAAUUUUUGCAUGCCGGCGAUCUCCUCGAUCCAGACCAUCUUCGUGAUGAUAAUGAACACGCUCACUGAUUUCUACCUGAUGGCCAUUCCACUGCCGAUAGUCUGGAACUCUCGUCUACCUCCUCGGAAGAAGUUCGCUCUCCUCAUCAUGUUCAGCGGUGGCUUGCUCGAGAUGGCGUUCGGCAUUCUUCGUUGUGUCUCUAUCUUGACUUUGGGAGACAUCGAUCCAGCCCAGUCCGGUUACUGGUCCGUCCGGGAAAGCUUCGUCUCCGUCGUCCUCACCAACAUGCCCAUGAUCUACCCGAUCUUCAAGGGCAUCAUCGACAAAGGCCGCAGCGCCAGCCGCUCCAGGGUCACCAGCAACAGCAACGGCUACCGACUCGAGAGCGUCAACAAGCGAACAACCAACAACACCCGCAACAAAGACCAGUACUCCAUCCCCGAGACGAGGUGGGGGUCGAAGGAGCAGAUCAUUGUCGACGAGCAGGGGCGGAGCUCGUCAAGCGGCAAGGAAAGCUCGCUCGACCUCCCGGACCAAGAGAUGGGCAUGGGGUACCAGAUAAGCACCGCCCACACUGCCUCUGCGACCAAGGACCACGCGGGACCACCGAAGAAGAUGGCCAGUGAGAAUAAGAUACUCGUAACUACUGAGUAUACCGUCCAGGAUGGGGGUCCAAAACACUCGAGGACUGGCCGGUCUCCAGACUCGAGGGGUUGA